AUGUUUCCCUCAUCGGUCCGGCGCGUCGUCUCUGCCGCGCCCCAGACGGGCUCGUCGCUGGCCUCGACUCCUCGAGCUGCUGCCGCCGCCACCCUUCCCGUGUUUGUUCGCGCCCACCAACGGCGCUGCUCAUCUUCCAAACCCUCGAGAUCCGAUAAUGGGUCAAGCAACAUUUCCAUUGGCCAGUCCGUCACGGCCUCCAACACCUCUCGAAACGAAGGCAAGACGAGUGCCGAAAAGAGAAAACGGAAGAGCAAGGACGCCUCCGAUAAGGGUGCCUCGUUCAAAAAGCUCCCCAGCGUCCCCAGUACUCACCACAUGUCUCAAGAAGCUCUUGGUCUGUCGAGUUUCUUUUCUCUACAUCGCCCCAUCUCCAUUACCCAGACCAUGCCACGAGCCGUGACCAACGAGCACUUCGCCUCCAUUUUCGCCGCUCGAACAAAAGCAAACAGAAUGUCCGAUACCAUGUCCACGAUAUCAAGUACUAUCGACCAGUUGGAGGGCCCCAUGGCGCAAUUGACAAUUGGCGGUCAGGAGGACCAAGAAAUGGGCGGUGGUAUGCACAAGCUCGAGGUCCGAAACCCAGAUGGCAGCGAGUCCAGCGUCUACCUUCAGGUCGAUACCAUGUCUGGUGACUUCUUGCCGUUCCGCCCGCCACCUCUGCCCCAGGCCCAGUCCGCUGAUGAGGCCGAUGGUCUUGCUGCGGAAGCCGAAACCGUGGAGGAGGAGCCGCACCACCGCGUCUACAAAGCCAUGUUCACCAUCGAGGAGUCGACUGAACCCGACGGUCAGAUUCGAAUUAUUGCGCACAGCCCUCGCAUUGUCAACGACGUGCAGCCACGCACGUUUUUGGGACGUAUGGCCCAGCGUCGGCUCCGAGCCGACGGAGCGAGGGGGCGUCAUGACAUGUACGCCAUCAGUGUCAAGAGACAACGAAAGCUCAGGAUGAAGAAGAAGAAGUAUAAGAAGCUCAUGAAGCGUACUCGAAACCUCCGCCGAAAGCUGGAUAGGACAUGA